CGAUGGCUGAAAGGGCAAAUCUUCUCACUCAAAUGGAAAGCCUUUUUUAGGGAAGAGGGGCCGGUCUUACCGGCCACACAACCACUAUUCCUACAAACCACGGGAAACCGAGAAGAAAUCCAGCCAGUGAAAUGCUCUGAUAUCCCAACAAACAAGUAUCAUCCCAAAAGUGUUACAGAAAAUUCAAGCAGAGGAGACCACAGGACUGUUAGUUGUGCCGUGCUGGCCAACUCAGCCAUGGUGGCCAUUGGUGAUGAGACUGUUGGUUCAGGAACCCCUUGUGCUCCCCAAGAAGAAACACACCUUAUUUCUACCUCAACAGCCAGACUUGGUGCAUCCACUAUAUCAGAAGCUCACACUUCUGAUAUGCCACUUGUCAGGAAAUCACUUGAAGGCAGAGGGCUUUCGGAAUCAGCUACCUCACUCAUCCUACAGUCUUGGAGAAAGGGCACCAAACAACAAUAUAAACCAUUCAUCACUAAAUGGGAACAAUACUGUUGUCAAAGGAAGAUUAAUCCCUUUUCAGCAACUAUAGAACAUGGGAUUAAUUUCUUGGCAGAACUUUACCACACAGGGAUUGGAUACAGUGCCCUCAACACUGCACGGUGUGCUUUGUCUACUGUUUGUUUUACAUCAGAGCAUUACACUUUUGGACAGCAUCCCCUAGUCUGUCGUUUCCUCAAAGGAAUUUUUGAGUGCAGACCCUCUCUCCCAAGGUACCAAGAAACUUGGGAUGUCACGGUGGUAUUAGACUAUCUAGCUAAACUUGGGCCACCUGUGAAACUUAGUUUUAAGAACUUGACUUUGAAAGUGGUUAUGUUGAUGGCGUUGCUUUCGGGACAGCGUCGCCAGACUCUGCACACAUUAUCAAUUGAUUAUAUGCAAAUAAGUUCUGAAAAGGCUGUGUUUUCCAUUAACUCAUUGUUAAAAACUUCCAGACCAGGUAAACAUUUAGCUUGUAUUGAGUUUCAGGCCUAUGCACCAGAUGUAAGUCUUUGUAUUGUAAAGCAUCUUCAGCAAUAUCUGAAGCACACAGAUACUCUUCGAGGUAAUGUAAAGCAGCUUCUUAUUAGUUACUCUAAGCCUNAGAGGUAA